AUUCAAAUAAAGUAAACACGACGGCUAGCAUAGCUCUAGCUACAGGUGAUAUCUUCAGAAGUGCAUUUGUCCUCUAAUCCCAUGGGAAAUAAACAAGUAAAACAACACUUCGAAAAUGCGCAAAAAACCGGAGUGCUAAAAAUUUCUCAAAUGCGACUCAAUGAGUUCCCAUCUGCUUUGAAGUCAUUUCCGAACCCCAAUGUAAUGAGGACAUUGGAUCUUUCGGAGAAUCGUUUCGUUGAGCUGCCUGAUGACAUCGGAAAAUUCAUCAAUUUGAAACAUCUAAACGUAAGCGGAAACAAACUAGUCUCAUUGUCAGACAUGCUCGGAGUGCUCGAAAAAUUGGAAACCUUUAAUGCGAUGAACAACUUCAUUGAAAGGUUGCCUGCCCAGCUGGGUCAAUGUAAAAACAUGAAGCAAGUCAUUCUUAGUAAUAAUCAAAUUUGUGAAUUCCCCACAAUGCUUUGUGGUUUGAAACAUUUGGAUUUAUUGGAUUUGUCACGAAAUAAAAUUACAACUAUACCCGCGGCUGUAAGCAGCCUGCAAGUGACGGAAUUGAACGUAAACCAGAAUCAAAUUUCCGACGUUUCUGACAGUAUCGCGCUGUGUCCUAGGUUAAAAACGUUACGGAUCGAGGAAAAUUGUUUACAAGCGAACGCUGCUCUAUCAAAGAUUUUAAAAGAGUCACAGAUAUGUAAUUUAUCUGUAGAUGGCAAUCUAUUCGGUCCGAAAGCAUUCGCUGAACUGGAUGGCUACGAGGCUUAUAUGGAGCGUUAUACAGCAGCUAGAAAGAAAAUUUGUUAAAGUUGUAAUUUGUUCAUUGAGGGCUUUAAACUGGUGGUCAUUCGCCCGCCGAUUUUGAGAUUAAGGUAUUGAAUAAAUAAAUUAUUGUAACCCAAGGUCGCUAUAAAUAA